AAACAGAGAGGGAGGGAAGGGAGAGAGCGAGAGUUUUACCUGCAAUUCCAAAGAGGGGCCAUUCCCUGUGAAACCCCCGUGAUUCUCUGAAUCCCAUAGCUGGGAUCAGAGGUUCACCAUCUUUACCCUUCUCCAUUUUUUGAAUUAUACAUCAUUGGAAAUCAUUUUUGCAUGAAUUUUAAUUUCUAAGAAAGAAAAAAAGGGGAGAGAAAAGAAGAAAGAAAAUAAUCUGGGAAUCGAAGAAGUGGGCCUCUUGAGGAUUGGGAUUCUCUGAGAUGGGUACGUCGCAAAGUGAGGGAAGAAUGGAGGGGUGGCUCCAUCUCAUACGCUCAUAUCGGUUUGGGCUUCAGUACUCCCGUAAGCGCUACUUCGUUCUCGAUGAUCACCAUCUCAAAUGCUUUAAAUCGGUUCCCACUUCAAGUAACGAGGAUCCUGUUAGAAGUGCUAUUAUAGAUUCCUGCAUUCGAGUAAUGGACAAUGGGAGGGAGAGCAUUCAUAGAAAAGUACUCUUCAUAUUCACACUUUAUAAUACUUCCAAUCACAAUGAUCAACUUAAGUUGGGAGCAAGCAGUCCUGAAGAAGCAGCACGAUGGAUUCAUUCUUUUCAGGAAGCAGCUUUAAAGGGUGGUCCUGCAGUGGUGGAUAAUCUUGUUGGUUGCUUGCAAAGCAGAUGGCCAUCCUUUAGAUUAAGUGGUUCUAGCAGGAUAAAUCAUUGUAGUCCUAUUGACUGGGCUCUUCAUUCUUCCUCGAGAAUGGAUCCUGUGACUUCGGAUGUUAUUGCUCCUUCAUCUUGGACGAUAUUUGGUUGUCAGAAUGGUCUACGGCUAUUUAAAGAAGCUAAAGAUCGGGAUUCUUGUAUGAAGUGGGAUGAUCAUCCAGCAAUAAUGGCUGUGGGUGUGGUGGAUGUAACUUCGGAAGACAUUUUCCGGACACUUAUGUCUCUUGGUUCCGCAAGAUCAGAAUGGGACUUCUGUUUCUACAAGGGCAGUGUGAUUGAGCACCUUGAUGGUCAUACCGAUAUUAUUCACAAGCAAUUAUAUAGUGAUUGGUUACCUUGGGGGAUGAAGCGAAGAGAUUUAUUAUUGCGACGUUAUUGGAGAAGGGAGGAGGAUGGAACAUAUGUUAUUCUUUAUCAUUCUGUGUUUCACAAGAAGUGUCCACCUCAGAGAGGCUAUGUCCGUGGCUGCCUUAAAAGUGGAGGGUAUGUUAUAUUGCCUGUGAAUGAAGGGAAACAAUCAGUUGUAAAGCACAUGCUUGCUAUUGAUUGGAAAUUCUGGAAAUCUUAUCUACGACACUCUUCAGCACGAUCUAUUACCAUCCGUAUGCUUGGGAGAGUUGCUGCAUUACGAGAGAUGUUUAGAGGAAAACUAGGAAAUUAUACAUCUCCCGAUUUCUCUUCAGGAGAGUUGACUAGAAACACUAGAUUGAAUCAGAUUGAAGGGGCUAGCACGGUUGAUUUCAGAGUACUGACAGGGGAUGGGAAGACCAAGGAAAAUAUUGCUGAGGAAAUGGAGAAAACACCUUCGGAACAUGGAAGCCUUGUUGGCUUGAAUGAUGCUGCUGAUGAAUUUUUUGAUGUCCCAGAACCAUCCGAAUGCGAUCAAUGUGAAAAUAGCCAGACUUCUGAUUUUGGUCCAGAUAUAUACUCCCAGGAUGUACGUCAAACAAAAUUAUCAACUGCUGCUGGUCUUGUGAAAAGAUUGCAUGAUCUUGCAGUUCACAAGAGGGGCUAUAUGGACUUGCAAGAGAUGGCAAGGGAAGACUGUAUCUCAUGCUGCUACAGAACAACUCUUCCAAAAGACCCAUCUUGUGCAUUGGCUUGCAGCUGGAUAGCAGCAGAUCCUUCAACUUUCCUAAUUCGUGGACCUAGUUACCUGGAUGACCAUAAGAAGGUCAAGGCAAAAGACACCUUAAUGCAAAUGGUUGCUGCAGAUUGGCUAAAAUCUGACAAGCGAGAAGAUGAUCUUGCAGGCCGUCCUGGGAACAUUGUUCAGAAAUAUGCAGCACAGGGUGGGCCGGAGUUCUUCUUCAUUGUAAACAUACAGGUCCCAGGCUCAACAACAUAUAGCCUUGCUCUGUAUUAUAUGCUGAAUACUGCUGUGGCAGAUGCGCCCCUGCUAGAAAAUUUCAUCAAGGGGGAUGAUGCAUAUAGAAACUCGAGGUUUAAGCUCAUACCGUAUAUAUCUAAGGGUUCAUGGAUAGUUAAGCAAAGUGUGGGAAAGAAAGCAUGCCUGAUUGGUCGCCUUGAAAUUAACUAUUUCCACGGGAAUAACUAUUUGGAGCUUGGGAUCGAUAUUGGGUCCUCAACAGUUGCAAGGGGUGUGGUCAGUCUUGUUCUCGGGUACCUUAACAAUCUGGUUAUUGAGAUGGCAUUUUUGGUACAGGCGAAUACGCCAGAAGAGCUACCAGAGUAUCUCCUUGGAACCUGCCGUCUUAACCAUCUUGAUGCCUCCAAAGCAGUAUUGGUGAAACCAUGAUAACCUCCCAAUACUUCCUUAAAAACCACCCAGAUGUUGGGGACAAAGAGCUAAAACAUAAACGCUGAAAUUGGAAGUUCAAGAUGCUUAUGCUCUAUAAACUUGCAGGACUCAUUUCUUUUACCAGAUCAAACUGAGAUUGACAGCUGGUUAUUUUUGGUGUAUAUAUCAUUAAUUGA